GUGACGGAGAGAAGUCACUUCACACGAAUUGUGACUUGUAGCACACCUGGCUUCCACUGAAAAACAGAAGACAACUGGGUGGAUGUUCUGGAGGACAAGCAUGGAGGACCAGGAGGAGAAAGGUCCAAGUGGAAAUAAUGGAUUAAGACAGCUCACAAUGAGUCCUCAUCAUGUUCCUCCAAAAAAGAUUCAGUCCUGGUUCCGGUUCCUACUCCUGCUGAGUGUGGCACUAUUUUUCCUGUGUUACGUCCACUCCAUUAAUUCUCCAUCCUGGUGGGAGAACUCUCUUCUCCGUGAGCACUACCAGAGGUUGAUGAACCACACCUAUCAGGUCCAACGCCCUCCUUCUUACCGGGUCCACCCAAAGCAUCUAUUGAAAGUAGACAACCAAUUUCCUACCACCACUACCACCACUAACACCACUAACACCACUACCCCCACUCACUACCACCAGGCCUACCCGCGGAACUAUCGUUUCAUCAUGGAUGUCGGCGAUGUGUGCAAGAACAACACGCCCUUUCUGGUGCUCAUGGUUCCCGUGUCACCUGGAAAUGUGGAAGCCCGGGACGCCAUCCGCCGCACGUGGGGCAAAGAGAAUGUGGUCCAGGGUGAGAGGGUCCGGACGCUCUUUAUGCUGGGCCUGGCUGGAGGUGCAGUGCAGCAGCAGAAGGUGCUUCAGGAGAGCAAACUGCACUGCGACCUGAUCCAGAGCAACUUUGUAGACACUUAUGUCAAUCUGACCAUCAAGACCAUGGUCAUCAUGGAGUGGUUGGCCACACGCUGCCCUAUGGCCACCUACGCCAUGAAGGUGGACUCGGACAUGUUCCUCAACAUCGACAACCUGGUGUUGAUGCUGCAAAGGCCCGGUAUCCCCAAAACCAACUACCUGACCGGGAUGAUCAUGUGGGACAUACCAGUCAUCCGCCAAAAGAGCUCCAAGUGGUACGUCCCUGAGGAGCUCUACCCAAAUCCCAAAUACCCCACAUACACUCUGGGCAUGGGGUACGUCUUCUCCAAUGAUCUCCCACGCAAGUUUGUGGACAUCUCCAAAACCAUCACUCCGUUCAACAUUGAGGACGCUUACAUUGGAAUGUGCAUGAGCAAGUUGGGACUGGCGCCCACGCCGCCGCCCGAUAGAUGGCAGUUCCGGACCUAUAACACCAAAUACAAUCGCUGUGAAUACUCCAGGAUCAUCACCUACAUCCUUGGGUCGCCUCAGGAGCUGGUCAACUACUGGAUGGACCUCAAGAGUAAGCCUGGACCGCCUUGUUGAAGCAUAUAGGAGAGUUCUGUGAAUCUCAAUGAUGAAACGGAAUACAGCAUCUGUCACCCAGUGACUGUGCUUGACACUUGUAUGGAAUAUUUGUCAGUCUGCGACGAUUACUUCCAACACAACAGGGCAGGAGAUGUGAGUCUCAGGUGUUUAACUUUACUUUCCUGAAAUACUCAUCUCGCCUCUGAUACUCUCCCCAGAGGUGGCACAUAGUGGUGCUUUUCCCACUGGCCAGCGACACAGGAGGAUGACAAGAGUUUAUCAAAGGGAAUUACUCAAAAGGUGGAACAUUUCCAAGGAAUUAUCAAGAAUUAUGUGGGAAUUUCAAGGUCCCCUGUUAUGCAAAUGUUACUAUUUAAUGAUGUUCUUUCUAACUAAAAUGUGACCCUAGGCUGCGCUGUGUAAAAAGACAGUGAAUAUUAUUAUAUUCACAUAUUUAUCGAUACGGACUUUAAGAAAAGGAAGAAAUGUGAUGUUCCGCUUCUACAGGAGAAAGUUUGCGGAGCAGCGUGUACCACAAGCAGCCCCUAGUGGCCACUGAGCGUAUAGGUGAAAUGUCACAUUUUUAUUCCAUAUACCAGGGAUGUCCAAAGUGUGGCCUGUGUCUGUUUUUUAAUGGCCUGCGGCACAUCCAAACAAUAUCAUUGAACUAGAAAGCUAAAAAAACAACAACAACAGCAAAAAUUUAAAAAUCUGUAAAUAUUUUACAAAGAUGAAGUCAAAAUAUUAAGAAAAAAAAGUUGUGAUCUAACGAUAAUUGUACAAGAAAUCAGUUGUAAUAUUAUGAGGCCACACGGUGGCCUUGUGGUUAGCAUGUGGGCUGGGUUCGAAUCUCCGUUCAAAUCUUUGUGUGCCGUUUGCAUGUUCUCCCCAUGGGUUUUCUCGGGGUACUCCGGUUUCCUCCCACAUUCCAAAAACAUGCAUGUUAGGUUAAUUGGUGACUCUAAAUUGUCCAUAGGUAUGAAUGUGAGUGUGAAUGGUUGUUUGUCUAAGUGUGCCCUGUGAUUGGCUGGCGACCAGUCCAGGGUGUACCCUCCAUCUCACUCCAGCGACCCUAGUGAGGAUAGGCGGCAUAGAAAAUGAAUGUAUGGAUGGAAGACAUUAUUUUACUUAAGUUGUAAUAUUAUGAAAAAUAAACAAACCAACGAAUAAUGUUGUAAAUUGUGGAAAAUUAGCUAGUUACUAGAAUAAAGUCAAAAUAGCACGGAAAUAAAGUCGUAUUUACGAGAAGAAAAUUUACCAGAAGAAAAGUUGAAAUAGUUGGAAAAUUUAACAAAAUCCCCCCCCAGCAGGAAUGGAAAAAAAAAUUGUUGCAAUUUUACAAAAAUAAAGUAAAAUUAUUAAGAGAAAAAAGUCGUAUUAAAACAAGAAAAAAAGUCACAAUUUCACCAGAAUAAACUCGUAAUGUUAUGAGGAAAAAUAAAGCCAUUUUAGUAGCUUAUGCUAAAACUAGUAUAGUAAAAUAACAUUUUUUUUUAAAUAUUUCGACUAAAUAGUUGAAAUAUUAAAGAUUAAAGAAGUUCUUUAAAAUAAAAAUUAGGUUGGGGAAAAAGUUAGAAUAUUAUGGGAAUAAAGUCAUAAUAUUAUAAAAAGAAAAUGUACAAAGAUUAUUUAAGAAGAAUGUUGAAAUAUUUGGAAAAUGUAAAAAAAAAAAAAACAGCAAACAUGGCAAAAAGAGCAAAGGCCAAAGUUAAUAAUAAUAAUAAUUAUGAUUAUUAUUGUUAUUAUUAUUAAUAACAGUGAGGAGCCCUAACAGUAUCCCUGUGCACAAACGUGUUUACAACCUCUCUGUGGUGUUUUGGGUGCCUUUUUCAAACACUUGAAGUUGGAUUUUCCCAACUGGGUAAAAAUGGUAACUGGAUGAAUAAAUAGUAUGUGAGACAAGCAGCACCAUUUCCCCUACACUGAGCGUGUGACUUGAGCUUAUUGUUAUUUAUUGUUCCGCAGGCCUUUUCAGAGUUAGGUGGUCCGCAAGUUUUUUAAAUGACAAAGUGGUUACAUGCAUGGCGGGUACGUGCAGCACUUCCACGCUAACAAAGUGCUGUUUGGGCCUGUAACGUGAAGGAAGGUGUCCACUAGGGGGAGUAGACAGCAAUAUGAAGGAUAUUUGGAGAAGGAUCAGCAAGUCAGGGUCCAUUUCCGUAAAAGCAUUCUUUUUACAAAGACAAGCUUGUGAGUAAUAGCUGCAGUAAGCGUAAAAGGAUAGCAUACAAAUGCUAUUACAUAAUACAGACACUGGAGAAAGAAAGGGAGAACAAAAAAACAAUGCAACAAGUUUUCUUUUACAGAGUAAGUACGCCUUUAUGUACUUAAUGAAUAAUAAAGUGGACUGAAGUAACAAUAAUCAUGCAAACAUAAAAAGGAAGGUGGCAGCUCAAAUGGCAUGCACUAAAUUAGUGUGUUUAUUAACUUUAAAACGAAAGUGAAAUGUUUGUGUCUGUCUGUAUAACCAUGAAUAAAAUGUUUUUAUGAGUGAAAUUGUGGUUACUCCUCUUUCGUCCAAUAGAGGGCAGGCUUUAACAAGAUAAAAUGUUUCCCCAAUCCAAUAAUAUCAGAAGCCCCUCUCAAUUUGCAUACAGGUCAAAGCUACAAACAUGGAAGUUGCCCUCACACAGCAGGUGUUACGGUAAUAUAAUCUCUGGACCCUACAGACACAAUUGUCCUCUUUGUCUU